AUGGCUUGUGAGCAAUUUCGUCCGCUGGGAGGGGAUAAGUGUUAUUUGUUUCGAGCACUGCGAUGGCAACUGAUUGUUUUUCUCAGUGUAGUUACUGUGGUUCGUGGACAAAUCCGGUAUUCCAUUCCUGAGGAGAUGAAGAAAGGUUCGCUUGUAGGUAAUAUUGCACAAGAUCUUGGAAUUGAUUUAAAAAGGCUACGAACGGGCCGAGCUCGUAUCGUUACAGCAGAGAAUAUUCAGUACAUAGAUCUUAGGAUAGACAAAGGGAUUCUAGUCGUCAAUGAGAGAAUAGACCGAGAGGUACUUUGUGGCGACAUAAUACCAUGUAGCUUCAGCUUUGAGAUCAUCUUAGAGAACCCAAUGGAACUUCAUCCAGUGAAUGUAAUCAUUCAAGAUCAGAAUGAUAACGCACCUCAGGUUCUCUACCCAAUACAGACUGGUGGCUCUCUGGUGGCUGAAAUGGUGCCUCGUUCAGCAGAUGUAGGGUACCUUGUCACUAAAGUGGUGGCCGUAGAUGUGGACUCUGGACAGAAUGCCUGGCUCUCAUACAAACUGCUGAAAACCACAGACAGGGCACUGUUUGAAGUGGGAUUACAAAAUGGAGAAGUAAGAACUAUUCGCCAAAUCAGUGAUAAAGAUGCUGUAAAGCAAAGGCUCACUAUUGUAGUGGAAGAUAAUGGCCAGCCCCCCCGUUCAACGACAGUCAACGUUAACGUGGUGGUGGCGGACAACUUCCCUGAAGUGCUCUCAGAGUUCACAGACUUUACACAUGACAAGGAUUACAAUGGCAAACUGACUUUUUACCUUGUCCUGGCCUUGGCUGCGGUUUCAUUUCUCUUCAUAACUUGCUUAGUGGUUAUAAUAUCAGUGAAAAUCCACAGAUGGAGACAGUCCCGUAUGUAUCAUCAGUCCAGUCUUCCGAUAAUUCCCUACUAUCCACCACGUUACGCAGAUGUCGGGGGUACAGGAACUUUGCAACAUGUGUAUAAUUAUGAGGUAUGCAGAACGACUGAUUCUAGAAAGAGUGACAGUAAUUUUCACAGAGCCUGUAGCCAGAACAUAAUGAUUGUGGACCCAAGUUUUACAAAUACCUUGGAGCAUCCCCACAGUGACCUAAACAUCCUGGAUGAGCCUGAAUGUUCAAUAGAGUCCCUCUAA